ACUGAGCUGAACAACUGUAUCUCCAUGCUGGUGGCGGGGAACGACCGGAUCCAGACGAUCAUCUCCCAGCUGGAGGACUCAUGCCGGAGCACCGAGGAGAACAGCGAGGCGGCCAAGCGGGAGCUGUGCGCUCGCUUCGACACCUUGGCAGCACUGCUGGAGGAGAAGAAGUCGGAGCUGCUGCAGCGCAUCGCCCGCGAGCAGAGCGACAAGACGGGCUUCGUCCAGGGCCUCAUCAGCCAGUACAAGGAGCAGCUGGAGAAGUCGAGCCGGCUGAACGCCAAGCAGCUCAUUAAAAC